CCCUCUUGCUCUGAUCUUAAAAUGGCUCCUAAAAAACUUGAACCAAAGAAGGAGGCAGCCAAGCCAGCGCCCCCUCCAGAGCCACAGAAACCCAAGGAACCUGAGUUUGACCCAAAAGGCAUUACGAUUGAGUUUACACCUGAACAGAUUGAAGAAUUUAAGGAGGCCUUCUUGCUGUUUGACCGAACACCGACUGGUGAAAUGAAGAUCACCUAUGCCCAGUGUGGGGAAGUCAUGAGGGCAUUGGGUCAGAACCCCACAAAUGCAGAAGUUAUGAAAGUACUGGGCAAGCCCAAACUUGAGGAAAUGACCUCCAAACUGAUUGACUUUGAGACUUUCCUGCCUAUGUUCCAACACGUGUCCAAGUCCAAAGAUCAUGGCACUUUUGAGGACUUUGUUGAGGGGCUGCGAGUGUUUGACAAGGAAGGAAACGGCACUGUAAUGGGAGCCGAACUUCGUCAUGUACUUGCAACGUUGGGUGAGAAGAUGACAGAAUCAGAGGUAGAACAGCUGAUGGCCGGACUGGAAGAUGGAAAUGGUUGUGUUAACUAUGAAGCUUUUGUUAAACACAUCAUGGCUGUGUAAACAAGAGGAACAAAUGUGACAGACUUCUGCUGUUCACAACAGAUCCUGAGCCCAGUUCUUCACUCUCUAUUGCCCUUAAACUAAUGUAGUUUUUUGGUUCAUGUGAUUUUGUAAUUGCAAAUACAUUUGUUUUCAUUUGUGUUGCACAGAUGCUCACAUAUUCCGUUUAAAACUCACAGGUUUGAAUAGAGAAAAACAAACAAACAAAUGAAAAACAGUCUCCUUGUUCUUUUGCUCUCAUCACAUUCUUCUCAAAUGAAGCUUCGCCAACAUUUAAAGACACAAAUGCAGCCAGAGUUCUCUGAAUGUACAGAGAUCCUAAUAAAAUGGAUUACAGCAAUAGCUGGAAAAUUAAAAAAGAAAAAAAUAUAAGAUUCUGAAUCACCAGUGUCACUGUGAAUUACUGAUCAAGAGAGUAUGAAUAACUUAGGGAACUCCACACUACAGUACACGUGUAAAACUUUAUAUGGUUUCUGGCCUAGAAAACUACACUUCAUACAGAUCCUCUUGAGUAAAGUAGCAUUUUGGUUUAAGUCAUUUGUUAAGUGCCUUUAACCUCCUGAGAUCUCGCGUCCACAUGAGUGGACAUUAUGCUUUGGCUUCGCUAUGGGCUAUGCAUAAUUCAAUUUAAUUUAAACUGACUGAUCUCAGUUCAGGAUAUUCUAGUCUGUCAUUAAAGGGUUAAACUUUUGAUGCACUGAGUCAUGUGACAAAACAACAUGGCACCGAUCUUAGCUGAGUUUGUCUUUGGGAGAAACUCCAACAAAUUACAUCUGGUAAGAAACCUAAUUAAGUUAUCACUUUAAAACCUGUUUGAGCCAAAAGAGUCUCUAGUUUCAUCUGAUAUGCCAUUUAAAAUAUUUCAUCCAUUUAUAGCAAAACGGCACGCUGUUAAACACAAUGACCACGUACAUGGACUAUCGGCUCAUUUUCCUUAAAAUAUCCUAUUUUCACUGUACAUUAUAACACUGAGAAUCAAUGGUUGCAUCCAAAAGCUGAAAAAUGUUGCAUUCAGAGGCUUUAUACGGAGUUAGGAUGAAAAUAAGGUGCAUUUCAAACUUUUCUGAGACCAGUGCAGACAGACAGCACACUGCAGGUUAAGUCAUUCACUAAAUAGGGAGCAAGGGAAGGGAGCAUCCUAUAGCUUUCCUAUGUGCAUUCAUGCCUAACAUCCAGUCAAAAGUUCAGUUUCAGGCUGCAGAUGAUGUUUGGACCACUCAACAUGUUUGGCAGAUAUGGGACGAUGGUAAACAGUAUAUAAAUUCAGAAUUUUUCAUGCAUAAUUUUAUUUUACCAUGGUCGGCAGUGAUUGGAUGAUGCUGGCCAGUACUUUGUAUCAGAAUUAUUUAUGCUAAUUUCUGAUGUAAUGUCUCAAAAGCAUGAAUAACCAACACUCCUGGAAACAUAAACAAUUUGAUUUAAAAAAAUCUUUACUUUCUAAAGCUUGGUAUUAUUUAAAAUUUCAAAACGUUGUCCCACUGUCCACAUAUGUGGACAUCAAUUUUUAACAGGUAUAAUUAUAUUGAAAAAUAUUACUUCUAGUACUUCUGGAAAUGGUGUAUUUAUAACCA